AUGGCAAACGAUGCCACCGCCCUCCCGACGGCCAUCGCGUCAUUAACGCUAGCGCUGCCAUUGCUCCUCGCUGGCUGCCGCAACCGCCGCUACACGGGUGUCUUCUCUGGCUUUCUCCUCGGUGGCGUCCUCGCCACGGCGCUGGGUGCGCCGCCUGGUGUCGUGCUUGGCCUCGGUCUCGGCAUCGCGAUCGGCGGCGGCCUCCACGACCGCUUCGGCGGCUUCUGCACCGUGGCUGUCGCUGCGUGCAUACUUCUAAGCUUUUUCUGCGGCCUUCUCCGCCUCGGCGCCGUCGCGACGCCAAUCGUGUCGGGCGUUGCUGCGAUUGGCCUCGGGGUUGCGUCGCGCGACUCGCGGGACGGUAGACUCUUGGCCUCGGCCUUCACGGGCGCGGUUGUGGCGUCGACCGGCUUUUUAGUCCUCACGGCCCAGACGUUUACAGGGUUCUUCUAUGCGAUGGCUAUUGUCUUUGGCGUCUUCUUCGUCGUUGGAAUUAUUGUCCAGAUCAAGUACACGGCGCCGCCCGACGGCCUUCGCACUCUCCGGACGGUGCCCCUGCUGCCCACAUCGACCAACGCAGGGUAG